UUUCUCAUAAGCGGAAAAACACUUUUCAACACAGGGCACUUUACAUGCCUAUAACUUCACAAAAGAUUAAACAAAAAGAUUUAUAAUCUUCUCCGUUCUGACGAGCGAAUCGGUAAGUCGAUGCACAUUUUGCUUGUGGGACUAUCUACAUUGCACCUCUUGUUGUACCUUCUAAAAAUAUCCCAGAAUGUAUGUAUUUAAGAUGCGUUGACAACUUAAAUGCUGGCCACGACAUGUUACACUUUUUUAAUUUCGAUUUUUAGUUAGAUUAUAUUAUAUAAGAUUAUAGUUACAUUUUGUGUUAAAAACAUUCACUGAUGAAAUUUGUCCAUGUUACAGCAACUAAUUAACUAUAUGCAUGCAUAUAUAUUUGUCAACCAAACUAUAUAUACCACCAAACAAGAAAGGAAACAUCAACACUGCCCUUUUUGUAUUAUCGUAUUUAAAUGUAUUUAUUGCAGAACAAAUAUAUGUUCUCCAUUUAUGUUUGUAUUCUAAUUAAAUACAUUUCUUUGUAUUUAUCUUCAUUCUAUUAUUAAUAUUUUUAUUAUUAUAUUUUAUUCAUCCUUUAAUUUUAGUUUAGUCUAUAGUUUUCUAUGUUGUUUUAUUUUCUUUUAAAAUUCUAAAUAUUUUGAUUAAUUAUAAUUGUAUUUUUAAUUUUGAUUUAUUUUCCACUUGAAUUUACUACCUAUUUUUUAAAUAUAUUUGGUUAAUUUAUUUAUUUUAGUUUUAUUUGUUUUUCUUUUCCAAUAACUUUGUUUUAUUUUAAAUAAUUGAUGCAUUAGUUUAUAUUUUUAGAAUAAAAUUUGUAUAAUUCUGUUUUGAGGCAUUUCAUUUUCUUUAAUUUACAUUUUUAAUUUUAAUGUAUAUAUUUUAUCUUCAUGUUGUUUAUUUUAUUAGAAUUUCAAAAUUUUUUAAAAAGAGUUUAUUCAAAGUAGCCUUGCACGUGGAGCAAGUAGUUGUGCGUAACUGUGUGUGUAACUGUUUUCAAAUUUGUAUUUUGCAUCUAUUAUUGUAAUUUGCAUGUUUUAUUUGAAGCUAUCCUUUGAAAAAAAAUCAAUAUUUGUUAUUUGUUUAAUUUUAAUGAAUGAUUUCACUUUUUUCAUAAACUUAUUUUUAGUUAGCUUAUUUUUUUAAAUAGUUUUUCAUUCAUUUAUAUUUGUAAAUUUCAUAUUUACGGCAUUUUGUUUAUUUUAACAGGAUGUGUACGCGACGUAAGAAAGUAUGACUUUUCGAUAUCAAGCUUCAAUUUUUGUUCCCAUGUUGCACGUUUGUGAGAUGACGACAGCGGGCUGAGCGAACGUUUGAGCGCGUCCGCGAUGGGGCGCAAGUUGGACCUGUCCGGCCUGAGCGACAACGAGGCCGAGCACGUGCUACAGGUGGUGCAGCGCGACAUGAGGCUGCGCAAGAAAGAGGAGGAACGUCUCAGCGAGCUGAAGCAGGCGCUGGACGAGGAGGGCAGUCGCUGCCUGCUGCUGUCACGCCAGCGUUGCUUCAACCAGCGCUGCUGCAUCCGCUGCUGCGCGCCCUUCAGCUUCCUGCUCAACCCCAAGCGCCGGUGUCGCGACUGCCUGUACAACGUGUGCAAGGCCUGCAGAAUCUACAGCAAGGCCGGCAAAGCCUGGCUCUGCUGCGCCUGCCAGAAGAGCAGGUCGCUAAAGAAACAGUCACUGGAUUGGUUCUACGUGCACGUGAAAGGACGCUUCAAGCGCUUCGGCAGCGCCAAAGUGCUGAAGACCAUCUACAGGAGACACUUGGCCGAGCACAGUCCAGUUUCGGAGCUCACGGAGGGGAGUGCCUACGAGGAGAGCAUCUGCAAUGAAGGCAGCAUCUGCGGCAGUGACGCCACUUUCUACAGACAAACUGAAGAGCACAGCAUGGCAGAGACGCUCACUGUGGCCUUGCGGGUGGCGGAGGAGGCCGUAGACGAGGCCAUUUCCAACGCAGAGUUUGACGCUGCCAGUCAGGAGAAUCAGAAUGAAGCCCGCUACCUGCGUGAGCACAGAGGAGAGCUCAUUGAGGAGCUGGCCAAAACAAUCAUGCAAAAGAUCAUCUCUAGGAGGAAGACCUCGGCUGACAUGAGGGACGAGUACGAACAGGAGGGGUCGCUGGAGCAGGGCGUCCAUCACCAUGGCGACCAGGCUGACGCCGCUUUUAAACACCUCAAAGGCCUCUGGAGGUCGCAGUCUGCCUUCUCGCUGAUGGACGACAACCGAGACACUCGUCAGACGUCACCCAAGGAAGGAGGAUCGGCCGUGUCUUCCUGGACUAGCGUCGAGCGUUUGGAAAACGCUGGAUGCGUGUCCUCUGUGCUGAAGAGUCCAGACGGGAACUGGAUCGCCCUGCAGAGUGCUCAGCUGUCGCGGCCAAGCCUGCUGGCCAAAAGGAAAAGUCUGGUCUACAGCGCCUUGGAGAGGGAGUCGGGAGCGGUGUCCGCUUACGAGGGCAUGGACUCUGACAACGAAGCCAAACCUGAGCCCGACACCACCUGGGGCGCCAUCCUGCAGGAGUUCCACAGGAAGCUGACGGGCUCCAAAGUCCGUCGAGAUGCUGACAACAGAAAAGACGCUCGGUCGGACUCCGAGGGGAAACUUCAAAAGUCUCCGGUGGCUAAUAUUAAGAGGCAGAUGCCUGAAGUCAGACGGCCGUCAUCUCAAAGGGCCAGCAUCAUCGACAUCAACUUCAACGGGAAAGCCACCGCGGACGAGAGUGGAGUGGGAAGUGAGGCGGCGUCUGGAAAAGCGAAGAGAUCACGAAAGAAGAGAAGAAGUAAAAGAAGAGCAACACUUUCUGGACCUCUUCUGAAAGAUUACAACAAGAAAGACGCCCAUUCCUGUUCUCACUGUGACGCUGACACUCCUGACACAUUGACUCCUGAUCUGCUCCACCAGGAUUUGGACAUCAGUCAAGUGAACCAGGACCUUACGUUGGAUGCACCACAACCUGCAGAACACAUCUCCAGCUCCUCGGGUAGGGAUGAAGGUCAUUGUGACACUAAAGACAACUGUGAGGCACAGGAGAAGGAAACAAGAAGCCAAGAUGAAGAAGAGAAGAUGGAGGAGGACUUGGCUGGAGAGAGAGGAGAGCACGUGAAAGAGGAUGAGGAGGAUGAGGAGGAGGUAAAAUCUAGGUUGUACAAGCUGGUGGCAAAGUCCAGACUGGCGUACUUCUCGUCCACCGACAACGAACUGGACCGACCGGGAAGGAGUGAGGAGGACCGAGGGUGUGAUGAUGAAGAUCAGAAGGAAGAGAUCGAAGGACUAACACACAAACUCUGCCAGUUGGAGAAAGAAGUCCGAGCAACCAUGUUCUCCUCCACAGAGGACGAGCUGGACCGAGUCACAGAUGAGGAGGUGAAGAAGGAUGAGGAGGAAGAGGAGGAGGAAGAAGAGGAGCUGGCGGUGAAAGUCUGCCGGUUGGCCACCCAAGCGGGCGCCACCCAGUUUUCAUCUACCGAGGACGAGCUAGACCGCGAGGAAGCGGCUCACGAGGAGACGCUGUGGAUGCUGCAGAAGGACAAUGCGGCGCAGGCCACUCAGGUGCGCCACCUGGCCAGUCUGGUAAGCGCCUCACAGUUCUCCUCCACCGAGGACGAGCUGGAUCGAGUCGGGGAGGAAGAGGGAAAGAUGAUGCGGGGAGAGGAGCUGUGGGGAGAAGCGGCGGGAGGACAUUGGGAAUCCAUGCGAGAGGAACCAGUAGAAGAACCAAUGAGCGAUCAUUUUUCAGAUCCAAUGGAAGAAUUGGAUGUUGAUGAGAUGUUAUCAGAAGAGGAGGAGGAAAUAAUGAGAGAGAAACAGGAUAAGUCAGAGGUGAAACAGUCAGAUCAGAGAGGAGCACAGAAGGUGGAAGAAGAAGACCUCCGAGAUGACGGCGUUGGGAAGUGGGAGAGCGAGGAUGAAGAUGUCGAGUUCGAUAAAAUAAUCAGCGGCAUGUUGACAAUGACAUUGGAGGACAUGCAGCAACAAGCCAAGACCGAGGAGAAGAAAGAGGACAGAAAGACAGACGGGAAGAGGAACAAGGAUGCAAAGAUUGACAAAGAGAGGAAAAAUAUUACGAUGACGAUGAAGGAGGACUCAAAGACAGAUGAAUGGAAGAGUGAGGAUACAAAGAUAGAUGAUGAAAGGGAAGAGGAUGAAAAGACAAACGAGCGACAGAACAAGGACACAAAGAAGGAUGAAGAGAGGAAAGAUGAUACGAUGACAAAUGAGGAAAGGAACAAGGACACAAGGACAGAGGAGAACAGGAAUUGGGAUUUAAAGACAUAUAAGGAGACAGACAAUGAGAAAAGUGUGGACUCAAAGAAAGACGAGGACAGGAAGGAGGAUAUAAAGACAGGUGAGAAGAAAGAGGCCUCAAAGACUGGUGAGAAGAGGAACAGUGAAGCAAAGAUUGUUAAAGACAGGAAAGAUUAUAUUGUGACAAACGAGGAAAAGAAUGAGACAGAUGAUAAGAUGAAAGAGGACGAAAAGACAGACAAGGACAGGAACGAGGAUAUAAACACAAACAAGGACAGGAGCGAGGAAAUCAAAGACCUGGGAGGGGACAAAAAGACAGACGAGGACUGGAACAAGGAUGCAAAGACAGCCGAUGAGAAGAAAGAGGAGAAAAAGAAGGAUGAGAACAGGAACAAGACUGAUAAAGAGAGGAAAGUUGAUAGGAUAACAAACGAGGAAAGGAAUAAAGACACAAAGACAGACAGGGACAGGAACAAGAAUGUAAAGCGGGACAAGGAGACGGGCGAGGUGAAGAAAGAGGACACAAAAACAGGUGAGAACACAAACAUUGUGGCCAAGACAGAUGCAAAGGAUGAAGAUGAGAACAGGAACAAGGACACAAAGACUGAUGAGGACAGGAAUGAUGUUAGGAGGACAAAUAAGAAAAGCAAUGAGGACACAAAGACAGACGGGAGGAGGAAUGAGGAUACAGAGUCGGAUUAUGAGAGGAAAGAGGAAGAAAAGGAAGAUGAGAACAAGAAUGUGAAGAUGGACAAGGUGGAAGAGGAGAAGAAAGAGAAUUCAAAGACAGGCAAGACCAGAGACACCCAGACAGAUGAGACAAAAGAGGUCACAAAAACAGAAAAGGACUGGAACGAGGCAGUUGAGGACCUGAAAGAGGACACAAUGGAGAGGAACAAGGAUGAAAAGAUGGGGAAAAAGGCAGACCGUGAGAAGAAUGAGGACUUAAAGACAGGCGAGAACAGAAACAAGAAUGCACAGACAGGUGAGGAGAGGAAAACUGAUACAAUGACAAAUGAGAAAAGUAAUGAGGACAAGAACAAGGCAGUUAAGGACCUGAAAGAGGACAUAAAGGCAGAUGAGAACAGGAACAAGGAUGUAAAGACAAACAAGGACAGGAGAAAGUCUGCUGAAGACCUGAGAGACGAUACAAAGACAGACAAGAAGAAAGAGGACUGGGAAGCAAAGACAGGAGAGCAGAAAGAGGACCUUAAGACAGACAAGGACAGGAACAACGACGCCAAGACCAACAAGAAGCAGAACGAGGACACCAUAACAGUCAUGGAGAGCAAAGAGGAAUUAAACAUGGACAUGGACAAGAACAGGUCUACACAGACAGAUAUGGAGGGGAAAGAUGAUAUGAACACUGAUGAUGAGAGAAAAGAGGACUCAAAAGCAGAUGAGAACAAGAAUAAGGACCUGCAGACAGACAAGGACUGGAACAAGGAGGCAAAGACAGAAAAGGAGAGAAAAGAGGGCUUGCAAACUGACAAGGACAGGAACACGGAUGAACAGACAGGCAAGGACAGAAAGGAGGAAGCCAUGACAGACAAAGACUUGAACAAAGAUGCACAAACAGACAAGGACAAGAGCAAGAAAGGCAAGACAGACGAGGACUGGAACAGGUAUUCAAAGACAGACAAGGACAGAAGCAAGGAUGCAAAGAAAGAUACGGACUGGAGCAGUGAUGCACAGACAGACAAGGACAGGAACAAGGAUGUGAAGACAGACAAUGAGAGGAAGGAGGAUUUAAAAAAAGACGAGAAGAACAGCGACACAAAGGCAGACGAGGACAGGAACAAGAAGGAAAAGACGGACACAAUCUGGAACGAGGAGGCCAAUACAGACAGGGAGAGGAAGAAGAACUUGGAGACAGAUAAGGACAGCAAGGGAGUGACUAAGAACAACCAAGUGAAGGUAGAUAGUCCAAAGACAGACAAGAACAAGGACAAGGAUAUGGAGACUAAAGAGGAAAAGAAGACAGACAACAAAAGGAAUGAAGACAGGAACCAGGAUGACAAGACCGACAUGGAGAAGAAAGACAACUUGAAGACAGAAAAGGACAAGAACGAGGACACCAAGAGUGACGGGGAAAGGAAUAAGAACGUGAAGACAGACGAGACAGAAGGUGCAAAACAAAGCCAAGUAGAUCAAAUGAGGCUACUUGAAAAUACAGCGAAGCAAACUGUGGGAGAAAUCGUAGGAGCGCUUCAGGGUGCUGAUCUUCAGCAACAGCAACAAGAAGCUGCGGUGGAAGACCAAGACAGAAGAAACAUGGCCACCACGGAGGCCAGUUUCCUGUCACCAGAGGAGAACGCGAACAGGCACUCGGCAGCGUCCCUAUGCAGCAUAACCACCGAGGUCCUGAAGGUUCUGAAUGCCACUGAGGAGCUGCUCCAGGGGCUGGAGGGCCGCGAAGGCCGUUGCCCCUCUGCCCCCUCUUUGCCCGCCAACGCAGACCCCAAGGAAAUAGAUCAGCAGUUCUCUGCGCUGGAAGAGAAAGUGUACAUGGCGGCGGGCUCGGUGUACGGUGUGGAGACCGAGCUCGGCGAACUGGAGGAGCGCGCCAGGGGCAUCUCGAGCGGCACGCCUGACACGGAGCUGUUUUUCCUGGAGGAGGAGGUGGCAUCGGCCGCCGCCAGGGUUCAGCAGUCGGAGCUACAGAUCAGCGACAUCUCGGCAAGGAUCGCAGCGCUGAGGAGCGCCGGUCUGGACGUGGACCCGCAGUCCCGCUUCGCCAAGACGAGGACCGUCCCAGUCAUGCCUCUCACGCUGAGCUCGUCCAGACAGCUGAGGAGACGACUGCCAGCGCUCCCACGUCCAGACCGGGAUGCCAGCGUAACGUCCUCAGCGGAGGUCACGAAAUGAGAAGCGCAGCUGUACGAGUGGGCUGCCGUCGUAGUCACUGACCUCCAUGAAGAAGAGGCUGGCGCCGGACGUGGGGCGAUUGUACACGUAGACGAAUACCAGGACGCCCGUCGCCAUGACGACCAUCACCAUGACCACGCCCGCCAGCAGACCCGCCUGCUCCCGUUGGCCCGUGUCGUCGUCCUCGCCGCCCGCUGUGACAGCGCACGCGUGGAAACGUUACACGUGUAUGUUACGUGAUAUAAAUGUUUAUAUCACAGAUUACAGAAGGCUUUAUUACGCACAGCUACAUAAUCUGAAUGAGAUCUGAGACGCGCUAUGCAUCAGCGCUCCAGUUCUGUCGGCGGCGCUUCUGGACUUCAGCGUUCAGCAAACUUUUGGCUCAUUGGCCUCAAUGCUAGCAGAUUCUUUCAAUUCAGAUCUGCACCAAAAUAUGAAGGAUUCUCUCGCCGACCGUGUGCCUUUUGCUGCUUUUGUAUCAUCCUGCAAAUAAACUAAAGAACGUAACUCAAUAAGU